CCCGAGCAUCACAAAAACUAAAAGGCUCAAGACAAGCCAGGGUGCCCCCCCUAUGGAGUCCUUCAACAGGUGGUUUUCUAGAAGAUGACCAUAGAGGACCUCCCGGAUUUUCCACUGGAAGGAAGUUCUCUGAUCGGAAGAUACCCAUUUUUAUUCCCUGGCUCAGACACACCGGUUAUCUUUUCCAUUUCUGCAGCACCAAUGCCUUCGGACUGCGAGUUUUCUUUCUUUGAUCCUAAUGACGCAUCAUGCCAGGAAAUUCUCUUUGAUCCCAAAACUUCAGUCUCAGAAUUAUUUGCUAUUUUAAGACAGUGGGUUCCUCAGGUCCAGCAAAACAUUGACAUUAUUGGAAAUGAGAUUCUCAAGAGAGGCUGCAAUGUGAAUGACAGAGAUGGCUUAACCGACAUGACUCUGUUACAUUACACUUGCAAGUCUGGGGCUCAUGGCAUUGGUGAUGUUGAGACAGCUGUAAAAUUUGCAGCUCAACUUAUUGAUCUGGGAGCAGACGCGAGUUUGCGGAGCCGCUGGACAAACAUGAACGCCUUGCAUUACGCCGCAUACUUUGAUGUCCCCGAGCUUAUAAGGGUGAUUUUGAAGACAUCAAAACCAAAAGAUGUGGACGCCACUUGCAGCGACUUUAAUUUUGGGACAGCUCUGCACAUUGCAGCAUAUAACCUGUGUUCAGGAGCUGUGAAAACCUUACUGGAGCUUGGAGCAAACCCUGCAUUUAGGAAUGACAAAGGACAGAUCCCUGCGGAUGUUGUCCCGGACCCAGUGGACAUGCCUCUGGAGAUGGCCGAUGCUGCUGCUAUCGCUAAGGAAAUCAAGCAGAUGCUCUUGGAUGCGACACCUCCGUCCUGUACCAUCUCUAAGGCCAUGCUUCCAAACUGUGACCACGCUACCAGCAAGGCCAUGCUGACAUCUCUUGGCCUGAAGUUGGGGGACCGUGUUGUCAUCGCAGGGCAGAAGGUUGGGACGUUAAGAUUUUGUGGAACAACUGAGUUUGCAAAUGGGCAGUGGGCUGGCAUUGAACUGGAUGAACCAGAAGGAAAAAACAAUGGAAGUGUUGGGAGAGUCCAGUACUUCAAGUGUGCUCCCAAAUAUGGUAUUUUUGCACCCCUUUCAAAGAUAAGUAAAGUAAAAGACGGGAGGAAAAUUACCACACACACUUCUACCACGAGAGCAGCCCCACACGUCCGGGCCCAGAAAGUCGAUGUAGCUCAUGUUGCAUCCAAAGUGAAUUCUGGAUUGAUGACAUCAAAAAAGGAGAAUGCUUCUGAAUCCACACUUUCAUUGCCUCCCAGCGAAGAACUGAAAACUGUAGCAGAAAAUGAUGUUACCCAGCCUGGGUCCAUCAGCAGCUCCUCCUCCACAUCCUCGCUGGACCACAAGCAGAGCCACUCAAAGAAGGUGACCACAAGCAAGAAGACCUUGAGCAAAAGCCCCUCUCUCCCGUCCAGAGCCAGUGCUGGUUUGCAUUCUUCAGCACCAUCUGCAGCAAGUAACAUCCGUCGUGAAGGAGAACUCCGCCUUGGAGAAAGAGUGCUGGUGGUAGGCCAGAGAGUGGGGACCAUUAAGUUCUUUGGGACAACAAACUUUGCUCCAGGGCACUGGUACGGCAUAGAGCUGGAGAAGCCCCACGGGAAGAAUGACGGUUCAGUUGGAGGUGUGCAGUAUUUUAGUUGUUCUCCGCGAUAUGGAAUAUUUGCCCCCCCAUCCAGGGUGCAGAGGCUGUCAGAUUCCCUGGAUACGCUUACAGAAAUAUCUUCAAAUAAACAGAAUCAUUCUUAUCCUGGUUUUAGGAGAAGUUUCAGCACAACUUCUGCUUCUUCCCAAAAAGAGAUUAACAGGAGAAAUGCUUUUGCCAAGACCAGGACCACCCUGCGCCGCAGCUGGAGCAGUUCCACCACGGGUGGCCUCGAGGGGCCCACGAAGCUGCACGAGGGCUCUCAGGUCCUGCUCACCAGCUCUAACGAAAUGGCUACGGUUAGGUACGUGGGUCCCACGGACUUUGCCUCAGGCAUCUGGCUUGGACUGGAGCUCCGAAGUGCCAAAGGGAAAAACGACGGUGCCGUGGGUGACAAGCGCUAUUUCACCUGUAAGCCAAACUAUGGCGUGCUGGUUAGACCGAGCCGAGUGACCUACCGAGGGAUUAAUGGGUCAAAGCUCGUUGAGGAGAGCUGCUGAACCACCACCGAAGGCUCUUGUGAAUGUGUCUAUGUGCUGGAUGCAAAGUAGGGUCUACGACAAAGGGUUUAUGUAAAAACUGAAAAUACAGUAAUUUUCAUUUAAAACAAACAA